GGAUUUUCCCUUCUUCCAUUUACGCGCCUCAUUUUGAUCGACUGCUGCCCGGGAUCCGAGCCAUUUUCCGGGCCGGGCGCUCGAAAGCGCGCGGCCCCAGGGCCCGGUUCAUGACCCGUCGCCCUGCCGCCCCUUGCCUUCUCCGCCUCAUGUGGCUGCGGGGCCACGGCGGCGCUGCCCACUAUGGCCCGGAAAGCAGUUAGCAGGAAGCGGAAAGCGUCUGCCUCGCCAGGAGCCGGGAGCGACGCUCAGGGCCCGCAGGUGAGGGCUCACAGGUCUGGGUCAUCACCUAGCAGGGGCUUAGGGCGUUCCAGCUGGGUUCAGGAACCUGGGGCCAGGGCGGGACGAGAACCGGAGCCGGGACUGUAGAGCAGUGACCGGUCCUUCUGCAGUGUACUGGCGAGCAGGCGGGCCGGAAGGGUGAGGAGCCAAAAGAAAACUACAAAAUGACGCCUUCCGCUGGAAGUCAGCAGCUAGGGAUAGAGAGCUUCAGGACCUCCUCGUUCCUGGAGGGAGGAGAAAAUGAAGACAAGGGGAAUCGGAAGUAAGACCGACCUUCCGAAGUUACUGGGAAGGAGAUUGAAGUGGACCUUCCAGUGGCACUAGGAAUAAGGGCCGAUGGUCUCUUAUCAAGGAAACCAUCUCCUAAACUGGGUGCAGGCCCCUUUGGCUCUUUAGACAUCUAGAAGAAACACCAGGUGUCAUCUCUAUAUUGCCCCCUUUGGAGAGGAAGGCCUCUUGGACUUGGGAUUCCGACGCAGGUUACCCCGUUGGUAUUUGAUUUUUCGAAUUCUAAAACUGCCCGCAGCGCAAGUCGCGCGGAGUCAGAUGAGCGGCCAUUGACUGUACAUCCCUGGAAGAUCCGAGACCCCAGUCUGGCUCUUUGAGCUAUACUCUUUAUGCUCUACGGGGUGCACAGGCGGAGAGGGAGAAGGGGGCUGGGUAGAAGUGCAGCCCAGUUUGGCUGGGAUCAUUCGCUGCACAAAAGGAAAAGACUCCCCCCAGUGAAGAGAUCCCUAGUGUACUACCUGAAGAACCGCGAAGUCAGGCUCCAGAAUGAGACCAGCUACUCUCGCCUGUUACAUGGUUAUGCAGCACAACAGCUUCCCAGUCUCCUCAAGGAGAGAGAAUUUCACCUCGGGACCCUUAAUAAAGUGUUUGCUUCUCAGUGGUUGAAUCAUAGGCAAGUGGUGUGUGGCACGAAAUGCAACACACUCUUUGUCGUGGAUGUCCAGACAGGCCAGAUCACCAAGAUUCCCAUUCUGAAAGACCGGGAACCUGGAGGUGUGACUCAGCAGGGCUGUGGUAUCCAUGCAAUUGAACUGAAUCCUUCUAGAACACUCCUAGCCACUGGAGGAGACAACCCUAACAGUCUUGCCAUCUACCGCCUGCCUACCUUAGAUCCUGUGUGUGUGGGUGAUGAUGGACACAAGGAUUGGAUCUUUUCUAUUGCGUGGAUCAACGAUACUAUGGCAGUGUCUGGCUCACGGGAUGGGUCUAUGGGACUCUGGGAGGUGACAGAUGAUGUGUUGACCAAAAGUGAUGCAAGACAUAACGUGUCACCAGUCCCUGUGUAUGCUCACAUCACUCACAAGGCCUUAAAGGAUAUCCCCAAGGAGGAUACAAACCCGGACAACUGCAAGGUGCGGGCUUUAGCCUUCAACAACAAGAACAAGGAGUUGGGAGCGGUAUCACUAGAUGGCUACUUUCAUCUCUGGAAGGCUGAAAAUACCUUGUCUAAGCUCCUUUCCACCAAAUUGCCAUAUUGUCGAGAAAACGUGUGUCUGGCCUAUGGUAGUGAGUGGUCAGUGUAUGCAGUGGGCUCUCAAGCGCAUGUCUCCUUCUUGGAUCCACGGCAGCCAUCGUACAACGUCAAGUCUGUCUGCUCCAGGGAACGAGGCAGUGGGAUUCGAUCAGUGAGCUUCUAUGAACACAUUAUCACUGUGGGCACAGGGCAGGGCUCCCUGCUGUUCUAUGACAUCCGAGCUCAAAGAUUUUUGGAAGAGAGGCUCUCAGCUUGUUAUGGGUCCAAGCCCAGACUCGCAGGGGAGAAUCUGAAACUAACUACUGGCAGGGGCUGGCUGAAUCAUGAUGAAACCUGGAGGAAUUACUUUUCGGACAUUGACUUCUUCCCCAAUGCUGUUUACACCCACUGCUACGACUCGUCCGGAACGAAACUCUUUGUGGCAGGGGGCCCCCUCCCUUCUGGGCUCCACGGAAACUAUGCUGGACUGUGGAGUUAAUGACAACUAACUUUCUCCCAAAAUGCAGAUUUACACUAACUUCCACCCUCAGUUUCCUUGUUUGAUUUCCCUAGCUGUGGAAGGCUCUCCUGUCUAUGCAAACAGAGUUUGCUUGUGGGUCAGGCAGUUACUAGGAAGAGGCUCUAUGCAGAAAUCCAAAAGCUGGGACGUUCUACGUCAGUUGGUGGCUUGUUGUUCUGGGUUUUUUGUUUGUUUUCACUUUGCAGUAAUUAGAAUUUUACUUUUCCCUUUUCUGCUUUUUAAAGCAAACACUGUUACAAUCCCUUUUUAUUUUUUCCUCUCCUUCCUCUGGCUUCUUUACACUGAAAUGACAAAGUCAUUCUUACCCUUACUUCACUGAGGUAGGGCCCCUUUAUAAUCGUGUGGUGGCUGUCCGACUUUCUGUGAAAGUGUGGGAGCCUUUGUGUGCGUGUGUGUGUGUGUGUCUGUCUGUGUGUCUGUGUGCGUUUGUGUGUGUGAACUUGUGUGCCUGCUGGUACUGCAUCACUGAUACUACUUGGAAUGAGGAUUAUCUGUAAUUAAAGUAUUUAUAAAAGAAACAACUUUACUCAGAGUCCAGCUUUGGGACUAGCCUGUAUCUUCUUUAAGGUCCGACAUUGUAGGAAGAGAAACAGACACACCAGGAAAACCCUUGAGUUAGAGAAGCCGGAUGGGAGGGGAGGCUGCAUCCCAGGACUCCAAACUGUCCAGGCCUACCUGUCCUUCCACCCACGCAGGAAUGCCCAUGUGUGUGUUACUUCCACUCCCGACCUCCUGUCUGCUCGCCCAGACUGGGGACUGCAGGCCACAUCACAGCCUAGAUAAAGACAAUCCUCUCCCCAGCCUCCUGCCUCUGACAGGGUCUGAUCUGACCGAGAGCAGGCAGUCUCGAGCUUGUGUGCUUACUGCUCAUGACUUGGAGGAGGAACUUUUCCAUUCUUGGGGUUUUGCUGGUAUUUUCUAAUUUGUCUGUCCAGGAAGGUGUGGUUUGUAGCGAGUGCUUUGUGUGUGGGAUCUGUUCUCAGUGCAGCAGGGCUUAGUGUUGGAAGUCACUGUCCUGCUCUGUUGGCUCAUUCCUAGGGUAGUGACAGGUGGCUGUGCCAGCAUCGCUGCAUGUGACAGUGUAGCUGUGAUUGGUAAUUUGCUUGUUUCUCUCAAACUAUUUAGUGUGAAGAGUUUUUUGUUGUUGUUUUUGUUUUUAACUUGCAAGCCAGUUGUUGUCUUCCGAACAUCAUGUGGAAAGGAAGCUCUCCCCACCCUAGUACCCUGAGACACACAGUGCUGCCUGAGAAAUGCAGUCAUACACCUGCACCCAGUUUCUCAGUUGCUCCCCAGUUCUUCCAUGCUCUCUUUGUGUCAAAUGAGUAUUCUCAUAAUGGCUGGGGCUGCUGGGGAGGGAAGCGGCAGGCCCACCGUAGGACACAGCAUCCUCCACAGGUUUUAGAAUAAUCAUCCUAUAAUCUAGAGAAAUAGGUGCUAUCAACAGGAAAUUAAGCAAAAUGCUGGAUGCUGUGAAUCUUUUGUCUUAAUUUUUUUCUAUUCUUAAACUACAGGCUGUAGAUGUCUUAGUUCUCACAGAACUUCUGUCUUUUUAAACUGACUUGUGUGUUUAAGUAAACAAAACUCUUGUAGGAUGUUUUGUGCCAUUGCCAGUCCGUCUCCUGUGAUGCUUUUGAUUGUCUUGAGAUUUUCUGUUUUUAAAAAUGUAGCAUUUGACUUUUUUGCCAAGGAAAAAUAAAUACUAUCCCAGUGCA